GCGUGCGUGUGUGUGUGUGUGUUGGCACUUUAAAGAGUUUAUUUAAAAAGUUCUACAUCUCAGUAUUUUAAAACAUCCAGCCAGGGGCCUGUUAACAGACAACUCCGACUGGAGGCCGAUCUGCGUGUCUGCAGACCAGCCUAUCUCAGCCAUUUUGUUUCUACGCCUCUUCGCCAUGGCGGAGAUGGACGACGGUGAUGAGCCAGGUUUAGGACACUCUCACAGCGGUUCUUCUGGGUCUAAAUCAGGGGGCGACAAAAUGUUCUCCCUGAAGAAGUGGAAUGCGGUGGCCAUGUGGAGCUGGGAUGUGGAGUGUGACACCUGCGCUAUUUGUCGCGUUCAAGUCAUGGAUGCAUGCUUGAGGUGUCAAGCUGAAAACAAACAAGAAGACUGUGUUGUGGUGUGGGGCGAGUGCAACCACUCCUUCCACAACUGCUGCAUGUCCCUCUGGGUGAAGCAGAACAAUAGAUGCCCACUAUGCCAACAGGACUGGGUGGUACAGAGGAUCGGCAAGUGAAGAUUCAAGCUUUGUUACCCACUUUUCAUCCGUCCACUUUGGCACCACUCCACUUAGGGAGACCAGACUGACUUCAGAGCCUCUCCAGGUGCUGAGUGUGUAAGAAAACCUCUGUGUGUGCAUGUAUGAUACUGUUCAAGUAAAACCAUGGAGGCAGAAAUCCAGGACUUCAUCCCUCUGUCACCUCAUACAGCAUUAAGAAGAGCUCCGGGAAGAUUCACUUGAGUGUGUGCUUUGUUCUAACUGUGAGUGUGUGUUUUAAUUAUGUUAGAAAUAAAUAAAUAAAAAUGAUGUUUA